UAAUAUGACUUAUGAGUUUAUUGCAUAGUGGUGGAUUUCUGUUGCAGCAGUACAUGUGUGAUCAGUAUGUUCGAAUGGAAGCGAACAAUUUAGCGUACAUCAAAAUGCAUCAGGCUGAUCUUUUCGCCAAAUCGUAUCAGGGACUUGUAGAUCAUAUCAACCAACAGCUACAAGUCGACAUACCCACGGCUGUUGGCCGUAGAAUGAUUUUGCCAUCGUCGUUCACGGGCGGUCCCCGUUACAUGAAACAAAGUUAUCAUGACGCGAUGGCCGUCGUGCGUAAGUACGGAAAACCUAAUCUUUUCAUUACGUUUACGUGUAAUCCUAGGUGGCCAGAAAUCACACAGAACCUAGCGAGAUGGAGCGCGGCAAACGACAGACCUGACCUGGUGGCCAGAGUGUUUCACGCUAAACUCAAGCAGCUGCUGCUGGACAUAACGGUGAACAAUGUAUUUGGUAAUGUCGAUGCAUAUGUUUACACUGUCGAGUUUCAGAAACGCGGACUGCCGCACGCCCACAUACUGAUCAUUCUGAGCGAAGAUAGCAAGUUGUUAACCGCCGAGGACGUCGACAACGUUGUGUGCGCGUUCUUGCCAGACCCGGCGACUGAAAGGCGCCUGUUUGAGUGUGUGACGAAGCACAUGAUUCACGGACCGUGUGGCAUGCUGAACCCCAACAGCCCGUGCAUGGUGGACAAUAGUUGUUCUAAGAACUAUCCAAAGGAAUACAGUGAUGAGACUGAGUACAUUGCUGACGGCGGUUAUCCAAAGUACCGCCGGCCAGACAACGGACCUGUGGCCAGAGUUAGGACACUUGAGGUCAGCAAUGAGUUUGUCGUGCCGCAUAAUCCGUACUUGCUUGCAAAAUACGACGCACAUAUAAACGUUGAGGUGUGUUCUACUGUUAAGAGUGUUCAGUAUUUGUAUAAAUACAUAUUUAAGGGGCACGACGCAGCGACCAUGGAGCUGUGGAACGGAAAUGAGAUCGAAAGGUAUCUACUAUAAACACACCUGAUGUUUCAGCAUUUUUCAUCGAUUUUUUAGCAAAUGGCGAGUUUGAUGAAAUGGUAAGUUU